AUGCAGCAGAAUUGCACAGAGGCUGUCGUGGGCGCGUUCUCUCACUGUCUGGGCUUCUGUGGAAUGAGACUCGGGCUCCUUCUCCUUGCAAGACACUGGUAUGCAGGUGUGUUUCAGCAGAAGUUCGAUGGUGACAGUGCCUACGUGGGGAUGAGUGACGGAAACCCAGAGCUUCUAUCAACCAGCCAGACCUACAACACCCAGAACGAGAGCAACGAAGACUAUGAGAUCCCCCCGAUAACACCUCCCAACCUCCCAGAGCCAUCCCUCCUGCACCUGGGUGACCACGAAGCUGGCUACCACUCGCUGUGCCACAGCCUCGCGCCCAACGGACUGCUCCCUGCCUACUCCUACCAGGCCAUGGACCUCCCGGCCAUCAUGGUGUCCAACAUGCUGGCCCAAGACAGCCACCUGCUGUCGGGCCAGCUGCCCACGAUCCAGGAGAUGGUCCACUCAGAGGUUGCUGCCUAUGACUCGGGCCGGCCAGGGCCCCUGCUCGGUCGCCCAGCGAUGCUGGCCAGCCACAUGAGUGCCCUCAGCCAGUCCCAGCUCAUUUCUCAGAUGGGCAUCCGCAGUGGCAUCGCCCACAGCUCCCCGUCGCCCCCAGGGAGCAAGUCAGCGACUCCCUCUCCCUCCAGCUCAACUCAGGAGGAGGAAUCGGAAGCGCAUUUCAAGAUGUCGGGAGAGAAGAGACCCUCAGCUGACCCGGGAAAAAAGGCCAAGAACCCAAAGAAGAAGAAGAAAAAGGACCCCAAUGAGCCACAGAAGCCAGUGUCCGCCUAUGCGCUCUUCUUCAGAGACACUCAGGCCGCCAUAAAGGGACAGAACCCCAGCGCCACCUUCGGGGACGUGUCCAAAAUCGUGGCCUCCAUGUGGGACAGCUUGGGAGAGGAGCAGAAACAGGCCUACAAGAGGAAGACCGAAGCCGCGAAAAAGGAAUAUCUGAAGGCUCUGGCAGCCUACCGGGCUAGCCUGGUCUCCAAGAGCUCCCCGGACCAUGGUGAGACCAAGGGCGCCCAGGUGAACCCGCCGGCCAAAAUGCUCCCGCCCAAGCAGCCCAUGUAUGCCAUGCCAGGCCUGACCUCCUUCCUGACGCCCUCGGACCUGCAGGCCUUCCGCAGCGGGGCCACCCCCGCCAGCCUAACCUUCCCGCUCAGCCCCCCGCUGCACCAGCAGCUGCCGCUGCCCCCUCACGCCCAGGGCGCCCUCCUCAGCCCACCUGUCAGCAUGUCCCCAGCACCCCAGCCUCCUGUCCUGCCCACUCCCAUGGCACUCCAGGUGCAGCUGGCGAUGAGCCCUUCACCGCCAGGGCCACAGGACUUCCCUCACAUCUCCGAGUUCCCCGGCGGUUCCGGAUCCCGCUCACCUGGCCCAUCCAACCCCAGGAACAGCGGAGACUGGGACAGCAGCUACGCCAGCGGGGAGUGUGGCAUCAGCACUUGUAGCCUGCUCCCCAGGGAUAAAUCUCUCUACCUCACCUAACCCCACCUCCCUCUCCUCCCUGAGGCUGCUGGAGGGGCCACAGCAGGAAAGAGGCCUUGGCAGGAAGCAGGGGACCCGAAGAGAGAACAGUGACACGCUAAUGCCCCACGGCUGAGU